AAGCUAGGUUCAGGUUCUUUCGGGAACGUCUACAAAGUCCUAGGAACCUAUCUCGGCAUCGACGUCGCGAUCAAAGAGGUACUCCCCUCCACCGAAUACGACGUCGGCAAAUACUUUGAGCGCGAAUGGCGGCUCAUGAAAGAAUGCAGGCACCCUAACAUCUGCCUCUUCAUCGGCCUCAGCCGCGCCCCCGACCCUGACAAUCGCAUCUUCAUCAUAUCCGAGUUUAUCGAGAACGGAAACGCGCGCCUCUACAUCCACGACAAGACCAAACCCUUCCCAUGGCGCCUCAGGAUGUCUUUCGCCACGGACGUCGCGCGCGCACUUGCCUAUCUCCACGCAAGAAAGUGCAUACACCGUGAUCUAAAGGGCGAGAACCUCCUCGUGACAGCCAACGGCCGCCUCAAAAUCACAGACUUUGGGUUCGCGCGCAUCGCAGCGCGGAACGAGGAAGAAUCGAAGAGGCUCACGUUUUGCGGCACCGAUUCCUACAUGUCCCCCGAGAUCCUCAUUGGCGACGAGUUUGAUCUACCCACGGAUAUAUUCUCGCUUGGGAUUAUUUUUUGCGAAAUUGCGGCUCGUAAAUUGGCGGAUGAUAGUCAUUUUAAACGCACCCCGCCUUCGUUUGGGAUUGAUCCGGACGAAGUGAGGAACCUUGCGAGUCCGGGGUGUCCCCCUGAUUUCCUGCAGCUGUGCCUUGACUGCUUGGACGUGGAACCCGCUAAUAGACCAACCACGCGGGACAUCCUCGAACGUCUGCGUACUAUUGAGGCUGAAGUUUUGUUACGCCCGACAGAGGGAGAUGACACUAACGUUGGGAGUGUUAGAUUUAUCUCUGGAGGGAAGCGACCGCCUGCUGGACGGAUACCCAGCUUCGGUGUGGGUGUCGGUAAAGACAUUAAAGGCAGCAGCACCGAUGAAAGCGAUGACGAGCUCUUUGAAGCCGUCUUGGGGCUUUCUACUAUCAAACUCAACAGUGACAUGAGUAGCAGCACAUCGUUGAGUAAGUCAUCUACUCAUUUUCCAUUGAAAGCGUCAAUUUAA